UCUCCACAAAAAGAAAGAUAACUCAGCAGAGUUUGUUUGCUAUUUCUUUUUGCAGUUGCUUCCCAUUUUGUAGUUAAAGCCUGUUAUGUUACGUGUGACUAACUCUAAAUAUUCGGCGGCACAGAACAAUACAAGGUGGAAAUUGACACUUAGUGAGAUAUUGCAAUAUUGUUAAAACCAUUGUUAAUCAACUUCAUCGUCUAAGUACUAACACUAUAGAAUUUCAAACGCACUUUCUUUUUAAGCAAACGAAUGAUUAUAAACUGCAAUACAUAUGGAACCCUUAUACAGUCUGCAUAAAGAGUGUGAAUUCUGUCGAAAGGGCUCUUGAAAUUGUUGGGAAAUUGCGUAAUUUAAAGAAAGACCCACAGGAGUUUAGGAAUAUUGCUCUCCAUCAACAGAUCCUUGAGCUUUGGAUACUACUUUUUCUGAGAUCCGCCGAGAAAUAAAAAUUUCAAUCUGAUGAUUGCCUGAGGAAUAACACGGACUGUGAUGGACUGAUGAUUGCCUGAGGAAUAACACGGACUGUGAUGGAGGUGUUUGCAUGUAGUGUUGGAAUUAAUUAAUGACGUUUAAUUAGUGGUGGUUAAAUCAGUGACGUCAUGUUGGGUGAUGAACCCGAUGAGCAGUGUGAAUUAGUGACAGAGUGGCUGGAAGGCUUCAGUCUUUCCCAUGAUUCUCUGUACGAACUGAAAGUCGUGCUGGAGAAACGCCAGUUGAAUGAUAUUUCCACCGCUAUGUCAACCGAGGCCAAGCUGGUAAUAAAUCAGCUCAAAGAAGAGAGUAAAUAUCCGGUGGCAGAACAACAUCUGAAGGACGAGGCUGAGGACAAACAACAUAAGUCAAAGCACCGGAAGUCAAGUCGAAAAUCUUCAAAGAGCGGGAAAGCGAAAAGGUUCUCCGAUACCUUCACCAAAAAUUUGUCAUUUCGUUUGGAGGGUGACAUCACGGAACCCUCUCGAUCUGAACACGAUCUCAUGAGACGGUCCCUCACCGGAGAUCACAUAGAGGUUACUAUGGAGACGGUAGAAAUAGUGGAUUCUCAGACGUCUCUGAAGGAGGACGACACGGAUGAGAUCGCCAUAGAAGAAAUGACAAAACUGAACUCAAUCGACAAGUGCAUGGUGUGGAUGGAAGUCAACGACAGUGAGGAAACUCCGUCAAUGACGUCAAAGGAACAAGAAAUCACAUGACAACGUCUUCCUAAAAAUAUGUUUUUGCUCACACCGAUAAUUACGGAAUUAUGUGAAAUAAGUAUUUCGUGAUAACUGAAUUUUCGUGGAUUUCUUGAUAACUUUGUACGCUUGAAUUUUUGUCAUUAGUUAAACAUAUAUAUAGCUCCACUAAACAAAUUAAUUCCACGAAUCUGCUUCAUUAUUUACAAAUUAAACUCACGGAAAUUGACUGUAUCACAGUCUAUGAAAUCAUACAUUAGACACUCAAAAGAAAAUGACAGUUUUGAAUGUAUUGAGUUUUGUUUACAUCUAUAUUCUAUGCACUAAAGGAACACUACACACUGAUUACUUUAUCAUUACACCAUCAACUUUGUUCUGUUUCCACUUUUGAAUAAAGAAUAUUUGAAACAGUCA